CAGGAACAUCUGCAGCCAUCGAAAUCGAAGACGCCAUUUGGUCCUUUUCCUCCCUCCUAUCGGUGCCAUUGACACAUCUAACUCUUGAGUCUUCUCUUUCGGGCUUGCAGCGAUGAAGGCUCUGGGAACGCUGCACGAGUAUAAGAUCAUCGGCAGGAGGUACCCGAGCGAGAAAGAAAGGAAUCCUCCUCUCUAUCGGAUGCGAAUUUUUGCUCCCGACUAUGUGACAGCCAAGUCCAGGUUCUGGUAUUUCCUUCGCAAGUUGAAGAAGCUCAAAAAGACGAACGGGGAGGUCGUUUCCUUGGAAAGGGUUCAUGAGAGGAAGCCCUUGAAAAUCAAGAACUAUGGGAUUUGGCUCCGCUACGAUUCCAAGUCGGGAACUCACAACCAGUAUCGGGAAUAUCGAGAUCUAACCGUUUCUGGAGCUGUGACCCAGUGCUAUAGAGACAUGGGGGCUAGACACAGGGCUCGUGCAUCCACUGUGCAAAUUAUGCGGGUGGAGGAAGUUAAGGCCAGCAAAUGCAGGCGCCCUCAGGUCAAGCAGUUCCACAACAGCAAGAUCAAGUUCCCCCUUCCUCGCUCUUACAAGCGGGAUACCAACCUCAAGCCUUUUACCACCAGGAGGCCCAAGAUCAACUUCUUGGCUUGAUCUGGUUGAGAAGUCCAAAAUAUAUCUCGUGUGAAACGUCAAGA